AUGAAAAUCAAUAUAGCUUCAAUUAUUUUUAUUAUCUUUUCUCUUUGCCUUGUUAAUGAUGCUUAUGGAAAAAACAAGUAUGGUAAAAAUGGCAAAUAUGGCUCCCAAAAUGUUAUUAAGAAACACGGAGAACCCGUAAUUAAUGUACAAGACUUAAUUAGCGACAUGGUUAGGAAAGAAGAAGAAAUUGUUAAAUUGACAAAAAAUAAAAAAUCUUUAAGAAAAAUAAACGUAGCUCUUGCCACAGCAUUAAGUGUUGUAUCAGCAAUAUUACUUGGAGGUGCUGGAUUAGUUAUGUACAAUACUGAAAAGGGAAGACGCCCAUUUCAAAUUGGCAAAUCAAAAAAGGGAGGAUCUGCAAUGGCUCGAGACUCUUCCUUUCCAAUGAAUGAGGAAUCACCCUUAGGUUUUUCACCCGAAGAAAUGGAAGCAGUUGCUUCUAAGUUCAGAGAAAGUAUGUUAAAAGAUGGAGUGCCUGCACCAUCUAACACCCCAAAUGUUCAAAACUGA